AUGCCUGGGCGUCAUGGUAAGCAGCGCGUGAAGCGCAAGAAGUCCAAGCGGCUGCCCGUGACGGACAUGGAGCGAACACUGAAGGACAGCAUUCAUGGACGAAAGCGCAAGGAGCGCAGUAUCCUCAAGAACGUGAUACCACCCAAGAUGGCGCCCAAGAUGAAUAAGGUUGCUGUGUCGAGCGCGUUGCCUAUGUUCCAGCCUCGCGCCGCAAAGAAGCAGAGGAAUCCAUGA